AUGAUGAAAUUGCUCAUCCUGCUCCUCCUACUGGUGUCCAUCGCCUACAGUAACCGCCAGAGUUGCGCCGAUGAGAUCAACGCCCUCAGAAGCAGAUACGCCAACGAGUUAUCCAUAGCAAAUAUGAAUAAAUUGAUUUACAAUCCGAAAUUGGAAACGAAGAUUCUUGAAAAGUUGGAAUCUUCUGGAGGAUGUCCAGACAAGUCUGUGGAAUAUGGGGAUGGAUAUAUUUUUGGAUUUAAUGUCAAAAAUUCGAAGGCACUUAUAUUCCACGUAGCAUCGAAUGCUGGUAGUAUGGAAGUCGCUUGUGUUCAUACGAAAUGCGAACACACUGGAGAGUCCAUCACUACGACUGUUUUGGAUUUUGGAAAAUCCCCAAUUCUCGCUGGUCCUCCAGGAAUUCGAUGCUCCGAAAAUCGAACCGCCGAUUCUAAUGGAUUGUGUUCCCCGGAAAAUUCUGGAAAAUCUGGAAAAUAUGUUCGAAAAGGAUGGGUUGCUGAUUUUAGUAGGGGACUGUACCAACUUUUCCGUGCGCUUAGAUUCGGAUGA